ACGUAGAUAUGGAAAUGUGCACACAGGAAAGAAUAAAAGCAAAGAUAAUACCUUGAGGAUGCUUUAGUCUAAUAUAGCCAAAACUGUCUACAGAUGCAGCAGAGGUUUAUAAGAGAUUCAAGCAGGAAUUGUCAUUUUAAGAUGGAUGGUGAUAGCUCUACAACGGAUGCUUCUCAGUUAGGAAUUGCUGGAGAUUACAUUGGUGGUAGUCACUAUGUGAUACAGCCUCACGAUGACACAGAGGACAGUAUGAAUGAUCAUGAAGAUACAAAUGGCUCAAAAGAGAGUUUUAGAGAACAAGAUAUAUAUCUUCCCAUUGCAAAUGUGGCAAGGAUAAUGAAAAAUGCCAUACCUCAAACAGGAAAGAUUGCUAAGGAUGCAAAAGAAUGUGUGCAAGAGUGUGUAAGUGAAUUCAUCAGCUUUAUAACGUCAGAAGCAAGUGAGAGGUGUCACCAAGAGAAAAGAAAGACCAUCAAUGGAGAGGAUAUUCUCUUUGCCAUGUCUACCUUGGGGUUUGAUAGCUAUGUUGAACCUUUGAAAUUAUACCUCCAAAAAUUCAGAGAGGCAAUGAAAGGAGAAAAGGGAAUUGGGGGAACAGUUACAACUGGAGACAGUCUAGGUGAGGAGCUCACAGAGGAAGCAUUUACUAACCAGUUGCCAGCAGGCUUAAUAACCACAGAUGGCCAACAGCAGAAUGUUAUGGUCUAUACAACUUCAUAUCAACAGAUCUCUGGUGUUCAACAAAUUCAGUUCUCAUGAUUUGAAGAAAACUUUGGAUCUGGGAACACGAGACGGAAAAGCUGUGCAGCUCUAACUAAGAGGCAGUUUAAUGACUGGUGAAGAGAUUUAUCUCUUUGUAUAUUAAAUAGCUGUAAUGUAGCUACCAGAAGCUUGACUAAUUGAGGUGUGAAUUCUGACUCAAAUCUUUUUCAUGAUGAUUUUAAAAAAAUAAUAAUUGGAUUUUAAAGGUAUUAAAAUAUUUUUGUUUUGUACAAGAGUUUGUUGCUCUGUAUAACUCCUGUAUGCAUUGUAUAUUGCAAUUUAUUACUGUCAGAGAUUUGUAGACAGUUUCUUAUUUUCAUAUUGAAUCAUUUUACUUUUGUAAUUCAGGUAAACAGCUGGGUUAAUUCAUGUUUACCCUUUGAAUAAAAUUGUAAGGGUAAAGUUCAUUUUUGAAUGCAAGUUGCCUUUAUUAUAAAGAUUGAGUUGGUCUUGGUUAUGUAACUUGUCUUGCAUGACAACCUCAACUAACUUUACAUGUCAGCAUAUUUAUUGAAAUUUUGAAAGGGACAUUUUCCUCGUGAAACUAGUGGCUUAAGAAUUGAUACAACUGGGUUUUUUAUGUAACUUCAGAAUUAAAAGUUAAUCAAAACCAAACAAUGCUCUACUACAUUUAGAGACUUAGAGCUUAUCAACCGUAUUGAUGAACACUGACUGUGUGUGAUGCAGGUCUUCAUUUCAUUUCAUUUUUUUUCAGUUGCAUUAACGCUCCUUAGACUUACUUUGAUAUAUUUGAGGUAGUCUUUGUGCUACUGAAAGAAUUCUUCCUUUUUAUGUAUGGUUUUUAGAAUCCAAAAC